GCCAAUUCUGCCGAUUGGCUGCGUUGGCCAAGCGACAGUGCACUACGCCCUCUCGUAUUUUUAGAUCGAAUCAUUUCUUGUCAAAAUGAAAUGAAACGUAUAGGUGUAUAAUUUUAUUAUAUGCAUUGUUAUGUCGAAAAUUUAAUUUUAUGAAAUACAUUUUUUGAAAGAAAGUUUGUCAUACGCAAAUCUUUUGUUACGCUAGAUCAAUAUACUUUAUCUAGUCACUUUAUCUAUCAGUUUUUAAUAUCUCUAUCAAAUCACAUUAGAGAUACAGAUAGAUUACAUUGUGAUAUUGCGAUAUAGAAAACUAUAUGUUUAUAAAGCUUAUAUUUAAUGUUUUUAUCUUUAUUACUCACAUGGAGACCAAUAUUGAUCGAUAAUUGUUCUUUGUUGACGGAUGAUAAUAUUUUAGCUAAUACAUUAAAUAUAACUCAAGUUAACAUCACAUUAACAUCAAGAUGUCUUCCGCAAUUCAAGAAGAAUCUUCUGAUCGAACUGUUCAAAUGCAACAGCUAUUGCCAAUGAGAUUUGCAAGGGAGAGUGAAAAGUACAAUGUGACACAUGAUUUAAAUGCCAUUAUUCCGUAUACUACUUUAAGAAUGCGCAAUAUUACUGAGUUGUCACAAGAGGAAUGUGCUAAUGCAAUUGCCAAUCACCUGCAAUCAAGUAACAAAUUUAUGCAUGACGAUCCUGCAGCAGAAAAAUUUAGAAUAGAAACUUUAAAAGCAAUACCACAGUGUCUUACCAUAAAAAGAUUUGUCAAGUCGCAGCUGCUAGCAACUGUUAAUCUAAAGACAAAGAAAAAAUCAAUUAGCUAUUGGAAGUGGUUUAAAUAUAACAUUAUUUUAAAACUUAUAAAGAUUCGAGUAGCAAUGGAGAACUUUUUAUUGACUAUGAAACAUUUAAUGUGGUAUCAAACAAUAAAAGCCAUUGAGAGUCACAGCGGAAGCGGUGUGGCGACAUACUUUAAAUUCCUAAGAUGGUUACUCUUUCUAAAUAUAUUUUCCUGCAUUUUAAGUAUAUCUUUUAUUGUAAUUCCGCAAUCAUUGGACCAAAUAUACAUACCAGGUGAUAUUCAAGCAUUAGAUUUUUUAACAGGCAGUGGCUUUUUUUCCAACACAAUAAUGUAUUAUGGUUUUUAUUCCAAUGACACAAUAGAGAUAUCAUUUGGAACCAAAUAUAGCAUUCCGUUUGCCUAUUUGUUAACGCUGCUUUUUUGCUACAUAGUUACUUUUAUCGUACUCUCCGUCAACGUUAUAUCUUCUUAUAGAAACUCUUAUGUCGAGAUACGUGGAAAUGUGCAUGAUUUAUACACUAACAAGAUAUUUUGUGGCUGGGACUUCAGUAUAUCUUCGUCAAAAAUUGCUGCCUUGCAAUCGGCAUCUAUUUACAAAGAACUAGAAGAGCUAUUAGCAGAAACAAGACAACAGACGCAUCAGCAUUGGUUCGCUAAGUGUUCGUUAUUGAUAAUGCAACUUGGUGUGGCAGCUAUUGUUGUAUUUAUGAUUUGCGGCGCUGGUGGUCUCAUUUGGACGCUGUUAGGUCAUCACGAUCUAGAAGCACCUGGAACUAUCUCUGUAAUGAUCGUACCGACUGUCAUUACUGCUAUCAUACAUAUUUUUCCCGCAAUUAUUUCGUAUUUGGCAUUGCUAGAACGCUACAACAACAAACGCACGGAACUCUACAUGACAGUGGUCAGAAAUCACGCGGUUGCCGCGACGAUAAUCGGCACAUUAUUUGCUUUCUGGAUAAUCAAGAGCACAUCGCAUUGCUGGCAAACGGAUUUGGGAGAAGAGAUCUAUCGACUAAUUGUACUGGACUUCAUCGCUUCCGUGUUCGGAGCGUGUUUGCAAUUUGCACGCCUCACGCUGCACAAAAGAUUUUUGAUGAAACUCGGCAGGCUGCAAUUUGAUAUCGCUCGCGGUACAUUGAACCUAAUAUACAAUCAGACGCUCUUUUGGAUGGGCUUCUACUUCAGCCCACUAAUGUCCCUUAUAAUUGUGAUAAAGCUGAUUUUCACGUUCUACGUGAAGAAGUACGAGCUGCAGAAAUGCUAUCCGCGAUCAUCGCAGCCUUGGCGAGCGGCGCAAACAGAAACGCUGUUCCUGGCUCUCGCGUUUCUCGGCAUGAUCGGUGUGUUGCUCACAAUAGGCUACAUCAUCACGAACGUGGAAAGUGAUGACUGCGGGCCCUUCCAAAACUAUUCUCACACUUGGGACUUUAUUGUCGAUGAAAUGUUAUCGUUAAGGAGAGAUAGCGCAUUUUGGAGUUUUGUUUCGGAACUUACGAGGCCGGCGACUGGCGCUGCCAUAUUGGUCGGCAUGUGUAUUGCAGUAUACUGUUUGCGGGCGAAGGCGCAAGCGAGCAAAGAAGUACUGCAAAUUUUAUCGGACAUGCUGCUACUGCAAUCCCAAGAUAAGCAAUUUCUUAUGAAAAGUUUCACUAAAUUUGCCAAUGAACAUGCUCUUGCUGAAAAUGAAGAGAUUUUAAUUCCCCGCCGACGUAAUUUACCGUCGACCAGUUUCAAAGAAAGUUGACCACAAAUAAUUGCGUUAGUUGACAAUUUGGUGAUAAGCAGCCAAAGCGCAGGUUAGAGAUUGAUAUAAAGUUAUAUUUAUGAUUUAUAGAUAUUUCUAGUUUUUAAUUAUACUAUUGUUUCCAUGAUUUGCCAUAAUUUGAACACUAAGACUGUCGUUCUAGAGUAUAAAUAAUAUAUUUUUGAUAUAAGAACUCACAAUUUAUAAAAAUAUAAUAGUUACUGUGUAACACUACAUAGUCAUGCGCAGUUAAAAUAAAAAAAUAUGUAUGUUAA